AUGGAUACUCUCAUCCAGCGAAUUGUCGACACUUACGCUGAAUGUGCCCCCACGUAUGAUGAGGAGGUCACCCAGUUCCCGUAUUACCAGACGCUGAAGAAUCUCGUCUUCACCUUCGAUUGGGCCGGCUCCGUGCUGGACCUUGGUUGCGGGACCGGCCUCCUCGGGCAGCUGCUUUAUGAGAAAGGCGAGCCGUUCACCAUCAUGGGGGUCGAUCUGUCGCCCGCCAUGACUGCAAGCCCGUCCAUCAGCAAGUACUACGAAACACCCAUUACCAUUGGGACAGUUCAAGACGCCAUUACCCAACCACUUAAAGUCAACCACGUUGCUUGUUUCGGGACCUUGACUUACCUGAACGACAACGAAUUUUUGACCUUCUUGGAGCGGGCGCUGGAUGUGGCACAGAGAUCCAUCACGUUUGACAUGGAGGACGUGUCGGAGGAGUACCGAAAAAGGAUGGCAGAAGACAACACGAUCCUACCAUGCUAUAACCACACCAAGGCUUGGAAGGCGUGGAAGGAAUCCAAGCUGCCAGCUGGUUGGGGAGUCGUCCAUGACGAAUAUGGACUGCAGUAUCACGAUAACCAUGAGACGGGCUAUGAUAUCAGCGACACGAUGGUUCGGCUGGAAAAGGCGGGAGACUAG